GGCUGGAAUUGGAAUCGGUUUCAUUCCAACCAGUCUCCGGCACCUAGAAUCGUCGUUCCAAGAGAGAAUCGAGGGAUUUGUUUAUAAUUUUAAACAUGGCGCUCAGCAAAUUAUUAGCUCUCGCUCUUGUUCAAGAGGAAAUAAAUCGAGUUCCUAAGCGAGAAAUAAUACCUGAAAGAUUUCCCGCACUUCACAUGAGCGAUAAACGUUUUAUUUCUCUUUAUUCCGUAAAUAAACACAUUUUUUUAGAGCUUUGCGAAAAGCUUAGACCAAUGCUAGCUCCACGAAGUUGCAGAAGAAACGCUUUUUCUGUUGAAACGAAAUUAAUCACAGCCCUCAACUUUUAUGCGUCAGGGUCCUAUCAAAGGUUCAUGGACCAAGACUUCACUGUUUGCAUGUCUCAGCAAAGUGUGAGCAAUUGUAUUCUAAGUGUUUCAUCUGCCCUCAACAGUGUGAUGAAUGAUUAUAUUAGAUUUCCUCUUCAGACAAGGUAAUUGUUAUACUCCAUUAACAACUUUUUUAUGCUUAUAAAAUAUUUUUAGUGUAAGAUUAUACUUGCUUUAAACCGAACAAACUUUUUGUAAUGAAACAAGAAACCUUAUUAGAAUUUAGGACAAUUUUAUGUAACAUUGUUUGUUUAAAA